CAAUUAAAAUAAAAAGAAGCAAGCGUAAUAACGAGCCAAUCCCCCAAUCACAGCUCGCCCAGCGCAAUCCACCACCAAACCCACGCCCACAAUCCCCUCCUCUUCUUCCUCUCCUACUCCAAAUCCCAAUUGGGUUAGCUAGCUCCCCCAAUCGCCGCCCGCUAAUCGGAUCACGGAUCGCCCGCCGGCGGCGGCGACGAGAGCCCAGGCGCGAUUCGGUUCGAUCUGCUCGCGGCGGCCAUGGACAUGGCCAGCAUCGAGUGCGUCUCCUACUCGGACAGCAUGGACGACGACGACGACGACGCCGGCGUCUCCCACCUGCCCCGUCCCAUCCUCGUCAAGCCCUCCUCCGCCGCCGCAGCCGUCAAUGUGGUCGUCGUCUCCUCCGGCGGCGGAGGGGGCGCGGCGGGAGGAGGGGCCGGGGCGCCGCCGCCGCUCGGGGCCCCCGCCGUGCCCCCGGCGACGAGCGUGCACGAGCUGCUCGAGUGCCCCGUCUGCACCAACUCCAUGUACCCGCCCAUCCACCAGUGCCAAAAUGGUCAUACUCUGUGUUCAACAUGCAAAACCCGGGUGCACAACCGCUGCCCAACCUGCCGACAGGAGCUUGGUGAUAUUAGAUGCCUAGCAUUGGAGAAAGUGGCUGAAUCGCUUGAGCUACCCUGCAAAUAUUAUUCACUAGGCUGCCCAGAAAUCUUUCCAUACUACAGCAAACUCAAGCAUGAAUCACAGUGCAAUUUCAGGCCAUACAACUGCCCUUAUGCUGGUUCUGAAUGCUCAGUUGUCGGGGAUAUUCCUUUCCUAGUUGCUCAUCUUAGAGAUGACCAUAAAGUUGAUAUGCACUCAGGGUGCACAUUCAACCAUCGCUAUGUUAAAUCGAAUCCAAGAGAGGUUGAAAAUGCUACUUGGAUGUUAACUGUGUUCCACUGUUUUGGGCAGUACUUCUGCUUGCAUUUCGAGGCCUUCCAACUUGGGGUUGCGCCAGUCUACAUGGCUUUCCUUCGGUUUAUGGGCGACGAAAACGACGCCAGGAACUACAGCUAUAGCCUCGAGGUCGGCGCGAAUGGGCGGAAGAUGAUCUGGGAGGGCACUCCCCGCAGCAUUCGGGACAGCCACCGUAAGGUUCGGGACAGCCAUGACGGCCUCAUAAUCCAACGGAACAUGGCGCUGUUCUUCUCAGGUGGGGAGAGGAAAGAGCUGAAACUGCGGGUCACCGGCCGCAUCUGGAAGGAACAGCAGAAUCCUGACUCGGGAGCCUGCAUUCCCAACCUGUUCAGCUGAACUGAAAUAACAAGAGAGAAGGAUUCGGUUUUAGGUGUAUAAAUAUUUGGUUGAUGUGUGUGGGUGGUGCACCUGUGCGUGCCCUCCCCCUGUGCUUCUUCUGUAAUUUGUUUGUGUUGCUUUCACUCUUCCACGUCGCUGUUGUGGCCUUGCCCUAAAUUAGUUAGGGCUGACGUGUGAGGACCAUGAAAAGUACGGCUUGAGCUUUGUGGGUUCUGAUUGAUCUUCACAUGAUAAGAAAUUUCACGAUUGUUUCU